AUGCGGCUGAACCUGCCCCGAGCCUGUCGGCCGCAGAGUCUACAAACAAUCACAGGAUCGCCUUGCGCGCGACGAAGCUACGCCUUCCAAGCUCCAGGAGGGGCCGUUUUCAAAGUCUUCAACAGCCGAACAAAAUGGCACCAGAAGGAGCGGGCAGCAGCCAAUCCCGAGCUGGGCCGGCAGGCCGAUUAUCUCAAAGAUGAAGUAGCUAUGCGCGUGUGCGAGCGGUUAUUAGAUAUCAAACGCCAGUUCCCCCACGUACUCGACCUCGGCGCCAACUCCUGCAACAUCGCCCGGGCCCUCACCCGCGAGAACCCCGACCCCGACCCGGCCACGCCCACCUCACCCCCCUUGUCAAACAAGAUCGGGGAGCUCAUCGCAGCGGACUCGUCCGCGGGGCUUCUCUUCCGCGACGCCGAACUCCCCUUCAACACCCAGCUCAAGCUGACCCGCCAAGUCCUCCCCGACGAAGAAUCUCUCCCUUUCGCCCCCAACACCUUCGACAUGGUUCUCAGUAGUCUCUCGCUGCACUGGAUCAACGACCUGCCAGGCGUGCUCGCGCAAAUCAACAGCAUUCUCAAGCCCGACAGCCCCUUUAUCGGCGCCAUGCUAGGCGGUGAUACCCUAUUCGAGCUGCGCACGUCGCUGCAGCUGGCAGAGCAGGAACGGCGCGGUGGUAUUGGGCCGCACGUGUCGCCGUUGGCGGAUGUGCGGGAUGUUGGUGGCCUGCUGGGGAAAGCUGGUUUCCAGAUGCUGACGGUCGAUGUGGAGGAUAUUGUGGUGGACUACCCGGACACGUUUGCGCUGAUGCAGGACCUGCAGGCGAUGGGAGAGGGGAACGCGGUGCUGGGACGGGAGAUGGGGGCCAUUGGAAGGGAUGUGUUGCUGGCGAAUGAGGGGAUUUACCGGGCGUUGCAUGGGAACGAGGACGGCAGUCUGCCUGCGACGUUUCGAAUUAUCCACAUGAUUGGGUGGAAGGAGGGCGCAGACCAGCCGAAGCCGUUGAAGAGGGGCAGCGGGGGUGUGAAUCUGAAGGAUAUCCUAGAGCAGAAGUAG